GAACUUCACUUUCGAAAAGUACGAAUAGCAGUUAGACGCCUUUGGCAGUCUCCUAUCUCGUGUGAAGUUUCGAAAGUUUCCGAAGUCGCAGUGUCGAAUAUUUCGUGUUUAUUUUGAUAAUACGGACGUUUUCCCAAUAUGGGGAAGCGUUUAAGAUGCCGAAAGGCUAGAAGAGUGAAGAAGUGGCUGAGGAACAACUUGAUAAAGCCCGUUGGUAAGGCUGUGCGAAUGGUAUUUUGCGGGUGUCUUUGUUUACCCGUGGAGGACGUCGACUUGGAGGAUAUGGAGUGGGCUCACGCACUGAGUCUGGAGGACGAGUGUAUCCACAAAGUCGUACGCAUGGUAGAGGAGAGCAGGAACAACAUCACUGCAGAAGUGGAGAUGGAGGCACCACCGAGGAAGAGAUCCAAGUUGAGUCUGUCGAGGAGAAAAGAUGACUCAAGUACUAGUACAGUUGCCGUCCCAUCAACCCAACACCCUGUGUACCCACUAUUUCAGAUGAAGGGUAGUACAGAUGAGAAGGAUGAGAACUCUCAAGUAGAGAGUGAUAUCCAGCUGGAUGUCAGCAAAGAGAUGUCCUGUGAUGUGUCCACAGUUCUGCAUACGUAUGACUACUCUGAGUUUGUACCCUUUGUGGGACUCGUCAACCUCACCAAUACGUGCUACAUGAACAGUGUUCUGCAGAUUUUGAUCCACACCCCUCACUUCGCGAUGAGGAUGGCAUACCUGCAGGGAGAUCUUCGGGAUAUUUAUGUGGAAGCAAAACAACAUGUCAAUAUAAAACAAAAGUUGAAGUUCUCCAAGCCUGUGUUUGGGCUUCUGAAUGAGCUCUGCCGGCUCUUCCGUAAGGUGGGGAAACUGAAGCUAAACUACAUCCUGGCUCCAGAGAAUCAAAACGAGCGCUUGGCCAUCGAGCCCGUCCGCACAUUAGAUGCCAUAGGUGAUGCCCAUGGGAUGUUCAGGGGUUCGCAGCAACACGACGCUCAGGAAUUGUUGCGAUGUAUGCUCUCGAGUCUACAGGAUGCCAACGCUGCCAUCUUGGUGCGUCAGGCCGAGAGACGGGAGGAGCUAAGAGUCCGCCAGGAGAAACUGGCUGCCAUCAUGGCAAAGAAGCAAUGUAGGAAACAGUCAGUGAGGAUUGGCAAUGGAGACAGUGUUCUACAGAAUGGACACAAUGGGGCAGUCAUGGUGCCCUUGAAAGAGUUGGAGUCAAAGGAGCCGUCCAAGGUGAAUGGCCUUCCAAAUGGACACAACGGUGAUGCAGGCAGACCUGGCAGGGUGUCCCCCGUUGGAAGCGUGUCCAAGACGACAAAAAAGAAGCGACUGGGUUUGGGUCAUUCAAAGAACCAAAUCAAGAUCACCAAAUUUGCCAGCCCGAGCGACACAACCCCCCACAUGACAGUCAACGGUCACCACAGGCACCCAGAGGCCAGCAGUGCUAGCAAUGGGAGACCGUCUGUGAAGGAAGAUGAACCUGCCGUCACCACAAAGGACCAUCUGACCAAUGGUACAAAGGACAAGGAUGUUCCAGUCGCAAAGGAGAAUGGCCCAGCCGUCACCACCAAGCAUCUGUCUAACGGUACUAAAGACAAGGAUGUUCCAGUCAAUACCACACUCGCGGAGCAGGUCUCCUGUGUAACACUGGAUGGAAAGAUGGCAGAUGGCACCGAUGAAAGGAUGGAUACAGGGCCGUCGGUGAAUGGCAGUGCCAGCAAUGGCCAUGUACAGGUGGAGGAUGUGCCCACCAGCCUUAUGGAUGACAUGCUUACAGCAAAGGAUCUGACAGCCCUAGAGAAGGAAGAUGGAAUCAACAUGAUAGAGGACUUGUUUUUAGGUCAACUACAGUAUCUUACCACUUGCAUUGAAUGUGAGUGUAAGACGUCUCGCACAGAGAACUUUAUGGAUCUCAGCCUCCCCAUAAAAAUGAAUGAUAAGGACCAGGACCUUCAGGAUGCAACGGCUGGUACCAGCCCUGACAGUAACCCCGAUGACAAGGCCGACAACCUCUCCCUGUCGUGGUCGUUUGAGACCUUCAUGGCUUCAGAGAAGCUUGACAAUGAAAACAAGUACAGAUGUGAAGUAAGUAGAAACUAUCUUCUCUCUAAGCCAAAUUACAUGUGGGCAACCAAUCUAGAGAAACCAGGGCCAAAAAUUCAAUGGGGCUUGUCCAACCCUGAUGAUGUUGAAUUACAUGUACUUACUUACAAUAGUUACAUGUGUACUUUGUUCCAGGUCUGUGGGGCUGAGUCAGAGGCUAAAAGGAAGCUGUAUUUCGCCAAGCUGCCCAAGAUCUUGACGAUCCACUUGAUUCGGUUUGAGUACAACCCGUCUGGGUAUGGUAUGAGAAAGAUCAGCAGCCCUAUAGUCAUCCCGUCCCACCUGCGCCUCGACGGCUUCUGUACGGAUACGUGUGCGGACAGAGGCUUUAGGUAUGAGAUCUAUGGGAUGAUACUUCACGAGGGAAGUUCCCAAGACUCUGGACAUUAUGUCUCGUAUGUGAGGGCACCCCAGGACUACCCCUUCCUCAAGGAAUUCUGUCUCAGAGAUACGGAGGGAACCUCCAGUCCGCCAGCAUCCCCUUCACAGCAGGCAGACACCAGCGACGUCCCCGUCGUGGAGUUAGACAAGUCCAGCCAGCAGGAGAGGGAGAAGAAGCUCCGCAGAGCUGUGGCACAGUUUGACUAUUCAGGGAACUGGGUCAAGUUCAAUGACUCUUACGUCAGCCUGGUCACCGAAGAAGAAAUGGGGGAAAUCUUAUAUCCUGAGAGGACGAACUCGUUCACCCCAUACUUAUUAUUCUAUAAGAGAACUGAUUUAGAGUGUCCAAUGGCAGAUAUGAAAGCUAAGGUGGAAAGGAACACAGAGGAAACACGGGGCAGCAAAGCGGAGUCUUGUAGUAAGGACUCUCCAGGUAAAGAGGAGGAGAAGGAAGAGGAUAUAAGCAGAUGAAAUAUAGUUGUUAGGUUUGAUUUUCCCUCUGAUGAAUGAUACUGUGUAGAUACAGGGGAAAAAACAUACGGUGUGUAGAAUAAUGAACAUACCUUGUUUAGAAUUAAGAUGAAACACCUGUAACACCUAGUUGGCCAGUGUUACACUGAACUUUGCUGAGUGAUGCCUCUUUGAGUGGGUACAAGAAAAAAAAAGAAUCCUGCCACAACACCUGCUGACAAAGCACCAGAAUUUGGGUAAAUUGAUGAAACUUGAUAAAAUGUAUGUGGCCUUUUCCUUACCAAUCUUGCGGAGGAAAGGUGUCGGUGUCUGAUAUGCUGCCUCUUCAGAUGACACCUUACCUAUUCCACACAUCUGUGUUUUAGAAAAAAAGUGAAAUAACAGAUAAAAUUUUAGACUUGUGCCCACCAGGUGUACUAUUGAGAACAGUCACGGUGGUCUCUCCAUUUGUUUCAAAGCAAUACAACUUGUUCUUGUUUGUAAAUUUAUCCAUGUAUUAACAAUGUAUCUGUAUGUGCCUUUAGACAUGUACCCACAUUUUUUAUAUUUCCUAUAUAUUAUGAGAUGAAUGGAAAAUGAAGAAUGUGAAAAUAAAGAAUUUGU